UGAUACCAUAAAUAAGGCUAAUGAUGAGACAAAGCCUCAAAUUUCCAAUUCUUCAAGAUCAACUAAUAUGAAGUCUUCUAUCAGUGAAGAUAGUCAUGCUGAUAUCUCACAAAUCAUAGAGACUAAAGAUUCUUCAGAAGAAGCCACCUCUAAAACCAAUUUCAUUGAAAACGAUCAAAGUCAUGUGACUAAAACAGAAAUGGUCGGAAUAUUACCUGUUGGGGUGAUGUUUAUGUAUCCAAUCCUUGCUUUUUUGAUAAUUGUAGUGAUAUGGCUUGUGGUUGUGAGGCAUAUAAGAGAUAUUGCCAACAUGCCUCACAUCCUUGCAAUCAAAAACUGA